GAAUAAAAGCCUUUUGGACGUACGGCGCAGAGGGCCACCAUGACCCCUGCGGUGACCCCAAAGAAGAGACCCCCACCUCACCUGCUAAUUAUUGGUCGGUGUGCAGCAUCUACAGGCGAGCUGUUAAACUCAGGAUGAUUGACAGCUGCUCCUUCUGAACCCCAGGAUGCCUGUAGUGCCAGUGGGCGGGACAUCCUCCUCCCACCACGUUGUACCUGUUGCCCUCACCUGCUCCUGGCUGCUCCUGCUCUUCCAUGCCGCCUUUGGUCAGAAACCCGCCAAGCUGCCCUUGAUUGGCCGGAAGCCCUUCAUCGCAGCCUGGAAUGCCCCGCUGGACAUGUGCAUCAUUAAGUACAAUGUUACCACCAACAUCGACCACCUCUUCCACAUCCACGGGAGCCCGCGUGCUGAUUGGACGGGCCAGAAUGUCACCAUCUUCUAUGCCAACCGGCUGGGCUACUACCCCCACUACACGCCGCAGGGCGUUCCUGUGCACGGCGGCCUGCCUCAGAACUGCAGCCUGGACCUGCAUCUGUUCAAGGCCUAUCAGGACAUCAACCACUUCAUCCCUGCAGAGGACUUCCGUGGCCUGGCUGUCAUUGACUGGGAGUUCUGGCGGCCUCAGUGGAACCGUAACUGGCACAAAAAAGACAUCUACCGCCGCAAGUCGAAGGAGCUGACCGCCAAGGCGUAUAUCAAUGUGACAGAGGCACAGGUGGAGGAGCUGGCACGGCGGAGGUUUGAGAAGAGUGCCAAGGCAUUCAUGCAGAGGACUAUCCAGCUGGGGAUACGCCUUCGCCCCAAUGCUCUCUGGGGUUUCUACCUCUACCCUGACUGCCACAACUACAACCUGCAUGAGCAGAACUACACAGGCUUCUGCCCUCUGCUCGAGAGGCUGAGGAACGAAGAGCUGGUGUGGCUGUGGAACAGCAGCACAGCACUCUUCCCCUCUGUGGCAAUCAGGAAAAGUCACACCAACAGCAUCAGCAACCUGCACUUCUCCCAGCACAGAAUCCGAGAGUCACUACGGGUUGCCUCCCUGACCUCCAAAGAGUAUGACCUCCCCACCUAUGUGUACCUGAGGCUGGGCUACAGAGACGAGGCACUGACCUUCCUCACGGCAAAAGACUUGAUCCACACCAUCGGGGAGAGUGCUGCACUGGGAGCUGCAGGAUUUGUCAUUUGGGGAGACCUGAACCUGACCUCGUCCAGGCACAACUGCACCAAGGUGAAAUCCUUCCUGAGACACCGCCUGGGCCAGUACAUCACGAAUGUGACGCGAGCUGCUGAAGUCUGUAGCGACUUCCUGUGCCAGGGGAAUGGCCGCUGUGUCCGUAGAGACCCCCUCGCCCACCAUUACCUCCACCUGAGUGCCAAAAGCUACCGCAUCCGGCUUUCUGUUGAUGGGAACUUUGUCGUUACUGGGUGGCACUCACAGCAUGAGCUGCAGCUGCUGACUGAGAGGUUUCGCUGCCACUGUUACGAAGGCCAUGAGGGCGAGCGCUGCGACAGCAUCAACAUAGUAAGGGAGGAUGACAGGCCGUGGAGGGAGGAGGAGGAUGAUGAGCAGGAGAGGCGGAGAACGGAGUGGGAAGACGAGCAGGGUGAACGGUGGGAGGGAGGGGAGAGUAUGGCACCACUGACCGGCUACAGCCUUCAGCUGAUGUUGUUGAUGAUCCUGUUGAACUUAUUGUUGGUAAAGAUGGCUGUAUGACGCAGUCUGCAAAAAAUAGGUUUCAACACAGCUGUGUGCAGAUGUUACUUUUUUUAACACACAGACAGCAUGAUGUCUUAGAUUUAAGAAGAAGAUGAACUGGUCUUUGGCUGAAUUUGAACUAAGGACGUCUGUCGUCUAACCAUCACAAUUUGGUUCUUGUCAAAGUCGCUCAAAUCCUCACACUGCCCAUUUUUCCUGCUUCUAACACAUCAAGUGGAGGACAAACACUUGCUGCCUAAUAUAAUCCACCCACUGACAAGAGCCAUGAUAACCAGAUAAUGAGUGUUAUUCACUUCACCUGUCAAUGCUCAUAAUGUUAUGGCUGAUUGGUGUAAGUUUUGCUCAUGGCCAUUAGAGGAAGUUAAGCUGAUCGCCACAAUGAUCACACACUCAGCUGAGGGCGUUUACAUUUAUGGUGAAAUGUGAAUUGAAAACAAAGUAUUUUUCUCUGACAGCUGCUGUGUUGAAAAGUAAGAUGUCUAAAAACACCUUUUUAAAAGGAGUGUAAUGGCAAUUUAUAUGACACCAGGGUUUGGCCUGUUGGUAUAAAGGUUUGGUUAAUUCUACAGUUCAACUGAGCUGUAUUUGACUACAGCAAAAACAUGCACUUCCUUUUGUGCCAACAACUGCAGUUCUUCCAAGAAUGUUAAUUAGUAAAUGUAGGAAAGGAAAGGAAAGGAAAGGUUUGAAAAGAUGAUCAUCCAGUGUCACUGCAGAACGAGGAUCAGACUGCACAUUUUUACUUUUUACAGUUAAAAAGAAUUGCAGUAAAAUGUGGCUUGCUGCGGAAUGAUCCUCCAGUUUGUUUUGUGGAAACACAAUAACCAAGCCUUUCAAUGAAAACCAAAGGGUGCUAAUACUACCACACAACCAUAUGUAGGAAAAUAAUCACUAACAUUUGAUGCUUGGUCUGGUGUUUUUGAAGCAAUCCUGUCUCCUAUGAAUUAUGUUUCUACAUUCGGAAAUUGUUUUAAGAAUUACAUUGUGGUAACAACCAAUACCUGCCUGUAUUAUGUUCAGAGAUAAAAAAAAUUUGAAACACCACAUUUAUGUGGCAAGGUGGAGUCAUAAAGCACGUGGUUGGGGUGGACUGUGGACGUACAAAGUGCAGGACUAUCACACCACAGUUCUGGGGUUCAUGUCCAGACUUAGCUGAGGUAAGGGAAAGAUUAUGAUUUUAGUCAAAUGGACAGUUUUCCUAGGUUGCCUAUUUUAGCAGAAAUCAAUGAAAUACAUUGUCAGUGAACACUUCACUGAUAAGUUCAACGUUUUUAUUUUAUUUUGCCAGGUAUGAUAAUUAACAUUUCCUCAUUAUGUUAUUAGAAAACCUAAUUUGGUACUAUAUCUUGCUGUUGCAAAUUAGUUGUAUAUAAAUCCUAGUUCUAGGAGACAGGGCUGUUUUAAAGACAUCCUUUAAGAAUAUUUGUUUAUUUCUAAUGGCAUGAAACUUUAACAAUAAGCUGUUAUUUUACUUGACGUUAUACAUUGUACAUAUUACAUAUACAUAUUUUUUGUACUGUUGCUUACAUAUUCUUGAAGUACAGCUUGUAAGGAAACGCCUCAUAUUUGACCCUUUUGGGACGUGGCGUGCUCAUGUUUUAGGUGCUAUUAAUUUCAAAAUAUUAUGUAUCUCUGUCUUUUCUAUAUGGAUGUAAGUAUAAGAAUAGAGGAUCAGGUUUGUUUUUCAAUGAUUACUGUAUGUAGACGAUGAUGUUACUAUAUCUCAGUUUAGAGGAAUCAAAUCAAAUGUGUGAUAUCUCAUCUUGUGGAAGCAGUUAUGUCACUGAUGAACAUUACUGUAGGUAUGAUGAUACACUGAACAAGAUAUAAAAGAUGGCACAUACUAAAUCUGAAUACAUGACUCAGUGGUUCUCUCUGGUCCAUUGGUUCUUCAGUGCCUACUGCUUUCCAAAGUUUGGACUAAAAACUGAAUGUAGGUUAAAGGGAAUUUGAGUCAAAUCGUUUGUACUUGACAUGGAAAAACCCAAGAUGGUCUUUUUAAACUUGACAUGGACCCAAACCUGAACCGAUCUGAGGUUAGAAAAACUGUUCUUACCAGUUUGUUGAUGCCCAUUCUCUUUUUCUGUCUAGAUUUUUUUUUUACCUGGACCAUUAACCCCCAGAGAACAGCUAUCUAGGAUGCUAAAGUUCUCCACUUGAAGUCCAUGUUCCUUGUUUAUUUAGGAGCUUUCAACCCUCAUUAUCAGAUGAAGUUUACUCAGUUUUCAUAAAUCUGUAGAUUUUUAAACUUUCAUUCGUCUAGUAGUUUGUAUUCCUGUCUACAUUGCUAGGACACUCUAUUAACUUCCUCCCCCCAUCAAUGGCAUAAUCCCUCUGGACCUAUGUUUUGGAGGACCAAUAACCAUGACCGCAAUCUUUUCCUCACCUUAAUCAAGCAGUUAUAGUGACCUGAACCAUAGAAGUGGCAGAGCAGAAAACACUCACAUGAAUUACCUGUAAUAAUUUUGGAAGACAGUGACAAACAAUUCUGUCCUCCAAAUAAGGCUGUAAACCAGAAAAAGGUCAUAUCGGUAGUUUUGGAGGGCAAAGGCAAAUGGCAUGUAGUUGCAGUUUUUCCCACUCCAGUUGAAAUAUUUUCAACUAGCCUCUUCAACUCAGCACACUUUGUGCCUUGAGCAACUACAUUUCCACUCAUGUCUUUUCAUAAUUGCAUCUCUCAGAAAAUACACUAUAUGUUCAGUAUGAACAUAUCUUUAAAGUAAAUGAACAGCAGCAUUGUGUUUCUAUUUUACUGCACAUGAAGAGCUUAGUCACUUUUAAAAAAAAGGCCUCUUGUGAAACUGACUUAUAAUUUGUUGCUAACAGAGUGUCCUGGGGUCCAGUCCAAGUGUAUCAUUGGUCAGAGACCUGGAGCAUUUUAAGCUAAACCAAAUCCAGUGAAGAGGUAGGCCUGAGACCUGGUUUGCGUUGGGUGGGUCAUCCCAAAGAUGUCUAAUGGUCUAUAGGUAGAGUUUCUCUAACUUUAUGGUAUUUUAAGUUAAACAUGUAGCAUGUUACAAGUCUCUGUAACCCUGAUCCUGGUUUGAAAUGAAUCAGUACUUUCAUCUCGAGCAAGCUUUCAGGUGAAGUUCAGUUCUGAAGAGCUUCACUUCACUCAGCAUGUUGCAGUAGCGGCACUUACUGCAGUGCACGGUGUUUUGUCUCUUAAGAUUGUAAACCAAAUAUGCAAGGACUAUGCAACACAUGAAAAAUGUUAUUUGAAUGUAAUUGCACUGCAAAUAAAGA